AUGAAAGACAACAGGCACGGCAAGGAUCUUUCAAUCCUCGAGGAAGUGGACAGCUGUAUAGGAACAACAACCGCGAUAACGCAGGUAAUCUCGACAACAGAAGAUCAUACGGUAAUAAUUAUUAUGUCAACAAUAAUCAAGCCGGUCGAGGGUAUCAAGACAACUACAGGGGACAAGGAAGAGGUUACAACUAUCAAGACAGAAGAAAUCAGUGGCAGCAACGACCAGCAGAUGACCGUAGAGAUGGAUCAACGGGCCCGCAGUAUCAACAACAGCCAUGGCAACAGGAUCAACAAUCAUUCCAAAAUCAAUGGCAACAACAAUCGUGGCAGCAAAACCAGCGAUCACCGCAGAAUCAGUGGCAGCAGCAAGCGCAGCAAGGACGGUAUCAGCAGAACCGAGGUCAACAAGAAUCAAGAAGAAGUCAACGGCGGAAGAGCAACAUUUUUAAUAGACACUGGAGCCGAAAUAAACCUUAUAAAAGACAGCAUGCUGGGAGCGAAUGUCAAAGUAGAUCAAUCAAAAAGAACGAGACUUCAGGGGAUCACAUCAGAAGCAGUAAUAAGUUUAGGUCAAGUACAAUUGGUAAUCGAAGGCCGAACAACCACCUACGAUGUCGUAGGAGAGGAAUUUAAUUUAACAGAAGACGGAAUCCUGGGAUUACCUUUCCUGGGAGAGCAGGGAGUGAAGAUAGACUUCAAAAACAAAACCUUAACGCUUGGCGAUAAAAACUUUAAAUUCCAGGAAGAGAUCAUCAGAAUACUCAAAAGAUGUGUGCAGCUGGUACAUGUCAAAGUGAUCAAUGUCGAAAAAGAGGGGUAUAUUCAGCGAUGUGAUAUAGCACCCGGCGUUUAUUUAGGAGACGCAGUCGUGGCUGUCAACAACGGGAAAGCAUGCCUGUAUGCUUACAACACAACAGAUGAAGAACACAUAUUCACAGUGCCAUACCUGGAAAUUGAAGAAUUUGAAGAAAAAUUGAAAGAAGUUAAAAUAUAUAGUGUUUGUGAAGGCGGUCCAAGGAAGAUAGCCCGAAGCAAAAAACGGACGCUGAACAGAAAAGAGCAGUCCAGCGAUGACUCGACAUCUGAUGCUGAAUUCGGAAAAGAAUCCCACAUAGAAGAUCUGGAAAGUGACAAAGAUACAGACUCAGCAUCGGAAACAGAAGGAGGCAGGUCCCAGCCACCGGAACGAGAAGAAGCAGUGAUCAACGAAGGUGAUGACGAACCAAACAGAGUAAUAGGAUCUGGACCGCAGGACAAGGAGUUAGAGACGAGUUCAGAUGACAGUGAUACCAUAUAUCCAACGCAUCCCGAGUUAAAUGUGCCAGAAGGAUACCGCACCGACCCAGAAGAAGAAUCGAAUGUAAAAUACAGCAGGCAACAUGUGACAGACAUCAACGACAACUUCGUAUUUUUCCUACCUGCCAGUGGAGAUAUAAAUUCAGAGUUAGUUGACGUACUUCUAGAAAUGAAGUGGAUAAAUAUGGGUAAUAUUCAAGAGGAGAAUUUAGACAAAGGUGACGUGUUAAUGAUAAAUAAAAGAAAAAGAUGGGGAUUUGGGAUCAUAUAUGCAGCCAACGCUAUCGGUCGAACAGAUGAAGAAGUGUUGGACACAGUCGAAAUCAUGGACGUCAAGGCAGUAAACAGGAGGAUGAUCACGGCAGUCAUGGACGAAGACAUCAGUCAAAUAACCAACAUCGUGCAGGACUAUGGCCUGGGAUACGUACCAGAAUGGAACUACGGCUACACACUUUUAGGGAAAGUCCUGGCCAAAUGGAGGAAGGCAUCAGCGAGGGAGUUAAUCAGAUUAGGAGCCAAAAUAGAUGAAGCAGAUCAAAAAAAUUCAACAGUGCCCUUGUGUAGAGCUCUAGGCAGAGAACUAAUGGAGGAAGCCUGGCUUCUUAUAUUCCGGGGAGCCCGACUGGACGCCGACAAUGAUGACAGCGGUAACCGGCCAAUACAUGAGUUAAUAUUAAACAGAGAUUUUGGGUCAAGAAGAGUAAGAGUCACGAGCAGAAGAAUGCUAUAUCACAUGAUUCGACAAGGAGUGGAUCUAUCAGCGAAAAAUAGAGAAGGUCAAGCAGCAAUCCACUUAGCCGCAAAGCAAGAAUGUAGAAGAGAGUUAGUUAUUUUUCGUAAAAAAUUAAAAUCCCUGGAACUAGUUUUAAAUGACUAUGAUAUGGAUUACUCAAGUGAAGAACAACUGACUACUAGCCUCACUGCUGACAAUAAAAUCGAUAGAGAUAUUUCAGUAAUCACGUCUACUCCUAAUGAACCAUUGCAAUUACCAAAAUUAAAUAUUGGACUCCCAAAAGUGCAAUAUCCUCAGGAAAUAGUAAAGGAAUUAUUUAAUCAGCAUCUGAACAAACAAAAUUCUGAUAAGUCAACUACUAUCGAUAUUAAUGAUUCAGAUUUCAAUGCUAAUAAUACCGAAAGUAGUGUACCUAGUGGAGCUUCAAGUAUAGCCAGAAUGAUUGGAGAUAGCUGGUUAAAAGAUUCUCACGAGCUCGAUGAUGAACACAAAAGAUUAAGUAAUAGCUAUCAACAUGAAAUAUCUGUCGAUUUGAACAACAGCUUUGAUGAUAAUAAAAUUCAACGAAUACCAGAUACUUGCCAUCAGCUUUCAAAUUUUAAUAUCGAUUGCUCUCUCAGCAAUCAAGUUGACACUAAAUCCGAAGUCAUUGGUACUAUUAAAACCGGCAUUGCAGAACACAAGUCUCAUUAA